GGAGAUGUGUAAACUGGCUGGCAAGAAUGCUCAAACGGAGUGCGCCAAUUUUGUACGGGUUCUGCACAACUACAACCGCACACAUGUUUACGCGUGUGGCACCGGAGCGUUCCACCCCACCUGUGCCUUUGUGGAGGUCGGAGGUCGGAGAGAGGAGGGUGCAUUCCAUCUCAUCAGCAGCAGUGUGGAGUCUGGGAGACUAAAGUGCCCUUUUGACCCCUGGCAACCCUUUGCGUCGGCGCUGACAGAUCAGUACCUGUAUGCUGGGACAGCCUCUGACUUCUUGGGGAAAGACUCCACGUUCACACGCUCGCUGGGGCCACCUCCUGACCAGCACUUCAUCCGCACCGACAUCUCCGAGGAUUACUGGAUCAACGAGGGCAAGUUUAUAGCAGCUCUUUCCAUAUCGGACACGUUCAACCCCGACGAUGACAAGAUUUACUUCUUCUUCCGCGAGGCCAGUCGUGACGGAAGCGUGUCGGAAAAGCGUGUCCUGUCCCGGGUGGCUCGUGUCUGCAAGAAUGAUGUUGGUGGCUUAAGGAGCUUGACCAACAAGUGGACGACAUUUCUCAAGGCCCGGCUGGUGUGCUCUAUCCCUGGCCCAGAUGGAGUGGACACUCACUUUGAUGAGCUGCAGGACAUCUUCCUGGUGCCAACCAGGGAUGAGAGGAACCCUGUGGUCUAUGGAGUCUUUACCACCAGCAGCUCCAUUUUUAAGGGCUCAGCAGUUUGUGUGUAUAGCAUGUCGGACAUUCGAGAAGUGUUUAACGGGCCCUAUGCACACAAGGAAGGACCUGAACAUCGCUGGAUCGAAUACGAGGGAAGGAUUCCCUACCCACGGCCAGGCACAUGCCCAAGCCGCACCUAUGACCCGCGCAUCAAAAGCACCAAGGACUUCCCCGAUGAGGUCAUCAGCUUCAUCCGCUUCCACCCCCUCAUGUACCGCUCCGUCUACCCAAUCACGCGCCGGCCCGUCUUCACGCGCGUCAACACCGACUACCGCCUCACGCAGAUCGCCGUGGACCGCGUGAACGCUGAGGACGGCCAGUACGCAGUCAUGUUCCUGGGCACAGAUGUUGGAUCCGUCCUGAAAGUGGUUAGCAUAACUCAGGAGAACUGGGCCACUGAGGAAAUUAUCCUGGAAGAACUUCAGGUGUUCAAGACCUCCUCACCAAUUCUGAAUAUGGAGAUAUCUUCUAAACAGCAACAGCUGUACGUGGGCUCGGCGGAGGGGCUGGCGCAGGUGGCCCUGCACAGGUGUGAUAUUUACGGGCAGGGCUGCGCCGACUGCUGCCUCGCCAGAGACCCCUACUGUGCCUGGGACGGCAACCAGUGCUCACGUUACAUCCCUGCAUCCAAGAGGAGAGCCAGGAGACAAGACAUAAAGCAUGGCGACCCAUCCAGCCAAUGCUGGGACACCGAGGAUGGUAAGGAUGUGGAGGAGAAGCUGAUGUUUGGCGUGGAGACUAACUCCAGCUUCCUCGAGUGUUCCAGAUCACAGCAGGCCCAGAUUCGCUGGCUCUACCAGAAACCAGGCUCUGACCUCAGGGAGGAGGUAAAGGCUGACGACCGCGUGCUGGUGACUGAGCGGGGGCUGCUGAUUCGCUGGCUGCAGCGGAGCGACGCCGGCUCCUACCUCUGCACCUCCCAGGAGCAGCGCUUCACCCGCACCCUGCUGCGCUUCUCCGUCCGCGUCGUCCAGCAGGGCCAGCUCGACGGUCACCCCUCGCCGUCCCAGCGGGGGCCCUCCGAGGACCCCACCGCCUCCGUGGCCAUGGCGGCCGAGGCCCGGCAGCGCUACAAGGACUUCCUGCGCGUGCUGAGCGGCCCGGCGCGCUCGGUGGACGAGUACUGCGAGGCGCUGUGGUUCCGUGAGAAGCGCACGCGUCUCCGGGGCAAGUGGAAGCACAUGCAGGAGCUCCGCAAGAGCCGCAACCGGCGGCAUCACCACUGAGUCCGACGGGGUCCCAGGGACCAGCCAACAGUGGGUUCAAACCUGCGCCCUAAAGACUAUUUCAAACGUUUCAACCAAUUUAAGCAAAUAAUGCUUAUACCUUAUGUUACAUGUAUCCCUUAUUGCAUUGUAACUACACGAAAACAGUGUAACAUUAAUUAAUAUGUAGUUGUGCUUACAUUGCCCUAACCUUAAUCCUAGCCUUAACUCUAGUUUAAGUACAAAACAUCAGAGUUUUGUAUGUUACAAGCUAUUUCGAAAUAUAGUUACAAUGUAAUGAGGGUGAAUUAAUAAACCAUUCUACCAAGAAGCUACAAAUUUGACAAACAGAAAUUCUGUUUGUUUUGGACCAUAUUUAGCUAUUGAAAUGGCCCAGCUCAGCUACUUUACGUUCGUAAGACAUUGUCUCUGUCAUAUAUUGUUUAAUUCCUUCCACUCUGGCAUAUAUCCAGUACCUGUGGGUGCCUAAAGUUUGUUUAGAUAGCUAAGCUAUUUUUUAUAUGCUAAUGUGAAUUUUUACCAGGUAAUAAUGUACCCAUGGAGCUUCCCAUGGGAUAUCUGCUCCGACAGAUUUCUACACUUCAAUUUACAGUUCAUUUGUAGAGGGAGAACACGCAUAUCAUUUUCA